AUGACGGUGACAGCACUGGUGGCUUCAUUGAACCCUGCAAUCGUAGCGCGUCAGAACACCGGUGUUGAUUCAGAAGAGAUACAAGUACUUCAGAAGCUGCUGCUUGAGGAGAUCCGCUCAAAGCACCCAGAGGCAAUGUACCCUGCUGCCCUGUGUACCCUGGCAGACCUUCUGGAGAUAGAGGAGCAGGAUGGUCUGGACAAAGCCAUUGCCUCUGGCUCGGAGCAAGAAGCUGUCGCCAGGUGCACAUGCCGCAGCGAAGACACUGCACAGGCGGUGUUCAAGCAGGCUAUAGCAAUGGCAAGAAGGCCUGAGAACGCCAAUCAUCAGUGGUAUCCGUACUCCUAUAUCUGUGGGUAUCUCAUGCGCAGAGCAGGGUUCAUUCUCCAGAAUCUUGCGGAUUGCCAGGAGAUGGCCAUGGGGUUGCUACAAGAUGCAGGGAGAUGGAUGGGGAGUAAUGGAGGCGCAGCAGUGCUCAGGAAAUACAGGUACACAAGCUCAGAUGGGGAGCUAUACAAGGACAUAGAGGGGGUGAUAGAGGGGUACUGUGGGGCGCUGGGCUGGCUGCAAGAGAAGGGAGUUCCCCUCUCAAGCGCCCACUUGGUGCCUCUGCUGGAGCUGUGGGACGGCGUCUGUUGGCUGUUUGAGAACGGCGCCAAGCCGGCCAGCUGGCUGGGCCACGUGCUACGGGCCCUCAAGCUGUUCAAUGCUGAAGUCCGUACUGAUGCCCUCCGCCAAGCAGAGGUAAGCAGCAAAGCGAUGGUGAAGGCAUCCAACUUGUGGGGUCCUCUGAAACUCGCUCCCAUCAAAAUGAUUUUUGAGGGAGCUGAUGUGGAGGCAGAAGCUGGCAGGGCGUCCAAGCGCCCAAGAAGAUAG